AUGGCGUCCGAGGUCUCUAUAUUAACGGUGCAACUCCCGGCCGAACCUACAUCCAAAGCACUUGAUACCCGACAGUAUACCAAACUACGGUUUCCAUCACCAAUUCCACCACAGCAAUUGAGACAAGAUAAUCACCACCGAAAUGACUACCUAAAACCGUCUGCCAACCCCCGAGGAGACUACCACCAGGGCAUGCCGCGAGUAAGGAGUCGUGAAAAGCUUCUCCCAACUCCUCCCGGCACUCCCACGCAACGAUAUUACCGUCCACGCAUGCAACAUAUUCAACCAAACAGACCAUCUCCACGCCCAAUAAGCUACGUCUCGAGCGACUCACAGCGAUCAGACUUCCACCAACAGCAUGAGAAUUCAUCAGCUUCAAGCUCUCCCCUCUCACGCACCCCAGUAUCCGCAUCCGAGAUGGAUGACACCACCAUCAGCACAGUCGAUUCGCCAGUCAAGGCCACAAGUCAGCCGAAAAGCGAUUGCGCCUCAGACCAUUCUGCCCAUUCAGUUGGACCACCAAAGAAAGUAGAAUACCACACUCCACCACUCAACAAAUCCCAUUUCUCCUGCUACCACUUCCACCGAACAUUCGUGCGAUCCAGCAACGUCUUAUAUCCAUUGAACUGCAUGACGUGCCUCAAGUCUGAUCAAGAAGUACGAUGGAGAUGUGUGUUCUGCUGUCUACGAAUCUGCGGCGAUUGCGUCAAGGGAAUCAAGAGCUGCAAGGACCGUUCUCUAAUGGAAUUUAUGGAGAAAUUGGUCAUGGACCUCGAAGCUGCCAGCGCUGCUGAAUCUGAAAAAUCUCAAUCCGAAAAGGCCGAAUCUAUGAAUACCGUCGAAUCUACUGAGUCUGGAGACAUAGAUCAUCCUGAGACUUAG